CCUCAGCCUGAGCAUUUCUGUACAGGCUCCACGACAGUCCCUGAGGCGCAGCAGGAUGAUUCAGGCCGGAGCAGUGCUGCUGCUUGCCCUGGCCUGUGCCCCCAGCACAGGGCAGCGGCGCUCCCCUCUCAAUGACUUCCAGAAGCUCAAAGCAACCCAGCUGCUAUCCCUGAACCAGCGCGGCUCUGGCCCAGAGCAGGAGGAGCCUUCAGACACCGAGGAGUGUGCCAGACGCUGCAUGGUGCUGCUGGACUGCAGGGCCUUUCACUUCAACCACCAGCGCCAUAGCUGCCAGCUACUGCCAUGGACCCAGCACUUGGCAGACACCCACAUUAAGAGGAACAUCCACUAUGACCUCUACCAGAAGAAAGAUUAUAUGCAGAAUUGCAUUAGGGGAGAUGGAAGGAGCUACCGAGGCAUGCAGUCCACGACAGAGAAGGGGAAGAACUGCCAACAGUGGAGGCUGAAGUUUCCCCAUGAUCACAGCAGGUUUUCGCCCUCUCUGCGGAACGGCCUGGAGGAGAACUACUGCCGGAACCCAGACAGAGAUGAGCGGGGUCCAUGGUGCUACACUACGGACCCGGCCGUCCGGCACCAGAGCUGUGGUAUCAAGAAGUGUGAAGAUGCCGUGUGCGUGUUGUGUAAUGGGGAAGAUUACCGGGGACUGGUGGACCACACGGAAUCCGGGCGGGAGUGCCAGCGCUGGGACCUACAGCACCCGCACAAGCACCCGUACCAUCCCCACAAAUAUCCUGAGAUGGAUCUGGAUGACAAUUACUGCCGCAACCCUGACAGCUCCGUGGGCCCCUGGUGCUACACCACAGAUCCUGCCCGGGAGCGGGAAUACUGCCACCUCCGCAAAUGCAAAACAGAGAAACGCCCACACGUGGCAGACACCACCAGCAGCUGCUUCAAGCACAAAGGCGAAGGCUACCGGGGCAAGGUAAACGUCACCACGUCAGGAAUCCCCUGCCAGCGCUGGGACGCCCAGACCCCCCACCGGCACCACUUCCGGCCCGAGGAAUACGAGUGCAAGGACCUGCGGGAGAAUUACUGCCGGAACCCUGAUGGUUCAGAGGCCCCCUGGUGCUUCACCAGCCUGCCCAGCAUGCGCGUCGCCUUCUGCUUCCAGAUCAAACGCUGCACCGACGAGGUGGAGGUGGAGGACUGUUACCAGGCAAAUGGUGAAAUGUACAAGGGCAAGAUCAGCAAGACCCGGAAGGGCAUCACUUGCCAGAAGUGGUCAGCAGGCUCGCCCCAUACUCCCCAGAUCUCUCCCGCCAUGUUCCCCGCCAUGCACCUGGAGGAGAAUUAUUGCCGGAACCCCGACAACGACAGCCACGGGCCCUGGUGCUACACCAUGGACCCCAGCACCCAGUUUGAUUACUGCGCCAUCAAGCCCUGCGCAGGUGACAAGACGCCAUCCGUCCUGGAGACUGCAGAUACUGUGGUCUUUGCCGAGUGCGGAAAGAGGGACGAACGCCUCCAGCUAAAGGGCCGUAUCGUCGGGGGGCGCCCCGGGAACUCACCUUGGACUGUCAGCAUCCGCAACCGGAAAGGAGUGCAUUUCUGUGGAGGAUCCCUGGUGAAGGAGCAAUGGGUCAUCAGCACGCGCCAGUGCUUCUCCUCCUGUGACACUGACUUGUCUAGCUAUGAGGUCCAACUUGGGACCCUCUUCAAGGACCCCAGUCUCAGCGACCCCGACAAACAGGCUCUCCCCAUACUGAAACUUGUCUGCGGGCCCUCCGUGUCUGACCUGGUCCUGCUGAAACUGGCCAGGCCAGCGACUCUGAACAAGCGGGUGGCUCUCAUCUGCCUCCCACCAGAGCGGUACGUCGUUCCCGAGAACACAGAGUGCGAAAUCGCUGGAUGGGGUGAAACCGGAGGUACAGACCCAGGGCCAGGGAGGGGGCAGCCAGGAGGUACUGGCAACAAAACUCUGCUCAACGUAGCCAAACUACCCGUGAUGAGCAACAAGAAGUGCAACAUGGUGCUCAGAGGCCAGGUGAAGGAGAGUGAGCUGUGUACUGCGCCCCUGCGAGCCGGGGUGGGGGCCUGUGAGGGCGACUAUGGAGGGCCGCUGGCCUGCCUGACCCAUGACUGCUGGGUGCUGGAGGGCGUCAUCACCCCUAUGCGUGUGUGUGCCCGCAAGGACAAGCCAGCCGUCUUCACUCGUGUGUCGGUCUACGUCGAUUGGAUUAACAAAGUGAUGAGGAUGCUCUGAGCUUGUGGCGGGGGGCCCCGCUCAACACCCAAAGAGCUCAGCGCUGCUUUCCUCUCUGCCUGGUGAUGGCCGUGAGCUCUGAGAUGUACGUUCACCCAUGCCAAACUGUGCCAAGCCCUCGAAGCAUCCUCGGGCAAGGCUCUGAGUCCAGAUUGUCUGUCCCAUGUGCUGAGACCAACCCAGGUCAGCCCGUCCCUGGGCCGUGGCCACCGGCCCUAGGACAGAGGGUACUCAUGGUUACUAUAUUGACUGAUUUCAAUAAACAUGCUCAAGGUGU